AUGUCGCAAGCAGCCGGAUUGCCGGAUCUGUCCUAUACGCCCGGAGAUCUAACCGAGCCGGAGUACCGUCUGCCCUCGCACCAGCUGCUGCUCGACCAGAAGCGGGCCUCCUUCGCAAGGGACAACAAUGAGCCACUGAGUCGUCUCUAUCUGGACAGGGAGGAGACGCAACCGAUCAAGUACCGGGAUCGGGUGACCUCCGCAACGGGGCGACAGUUUCCUGCCCUGGCAGCGGCACAGUCCCGCUACACGGACAAUCUCGAACGGAGCAGCGACCUGAACGGAGGAUUUGACACGGGAUUCGAUUCUGAUUUCGUGCCGGGAAAGGAUCUGAUUUCAUUGCCAGUGGCCCAGACCCAGAGGCAUACAUACGAUACCGAUCCGGAUCUGAUCAGAAAGAUGCCGCUACACUCGAUCACCGAGAAGCCCAACGAGCGCUGCCCAUCGCCGGUGGUGCCGGCCUAUGCGAACUUCGAGCUGGCGAAGCGCAUGCACCAGGACAACCUCGACCACCAGCCACUGCCCGACUGUGUGGCGGAUCUGGCGUUCCGCAAGGCUCAGAUCUCGGGCGGACAUGCCGGUCUUUCGCUGGAGAUCGAUCCCAUUGCCACGGGCGUGGGCGUUAAGACGCACAAUGCCGGUCCGACGCACUGCACCAAGAUGAAGGUGUUCCGCCCGAAAACGGGCGGUGGUGUGGUGCCCAAGGCCUUUGGCGGUGACACAUUCCGUGGCGUAGGCUCGGCCCCUGCCAAGAAAAUGGGACCCAUGGAUCUGGCCAUCUGCUGGGACUUCAAGCCGGCCAAUGCCACGGACGAGCCGCGUCUGGCCCGGCACAUCGAUGGCUCCAACGACUCGGCGGGCCCGGCGGUCUUUACCUGCGUACGGACGCCACGGGAGGACAAUGCCGCCGAUCUGGGACGCUCCGCCGGAGUCUUCACCAACACUUUGGGCGAGGCUGACUUCUUCGACAAGGAUAUACUGCGCCGAAAGACGGACUUUGGUGGCAGGGCUAUCGAUCGCGAGGAUCCCUGCGCUUGCGACUACUCCCCUCCCCCGAGGGAUCGGGCACGCAGCGUCUCCCGGGACUCCAGUGCUGCCUCCCACUGUCGCCGCGGCCCCGCUGCCGGCGUCAGUUUCUGCAACCUGGCGGAACUCUCCAGCGGCAGUGGCGGCGGCGGAGGAGGCACCCGUGGGGGCAUGCCCCCCAAUCGCCUGGCCAAGCAGUACCAGUCGUCGCCCCUGCUGGGCGACAAGGCGUACCAGGCGCUGCGCGAGAAGUAUCUGGGCCCCGAGUCGAGCUGCGAGGGCAAUGGCCCGGGCGGCGUGCACAUGGAGCAUGGCUGCCGCCCGGCCGGACCCUCCUGCAAGCGGGACACGGUCCUCCGACGCCCCGCCCGUCGACUCUGCCACAAGGUUGGCCCUGCCCCGGCCCCGCGCUGCUGUCCGCCCGCCUUUGGGCAUGGGCAUGGUCAUGGACAUGGUCACUGUCUCACCAGCAAGGCCGCCUUCCGGGCGGGCGUGGCCAAGCACAAUGCCUCCGGCGAUUUCAUGGGCAUGGACACGGGCUGCUCUGGGGGCGGGCGGGUGCUGGUGGUCCCACGACCCCGGCAACCGUACGCCAAGAAAAACUACGACAUCGACACACUGGUGCCGCCGUUCCGCAGUCAGGGCGGUGGCGCCGGCCAGGGUGGCUAUCCGGAGCAUUGGCGCCUGGCCAGCGUUUACCAGCAUGCCUUCAAGCCGCUGGAACAGCGCCGUCGUCCACUCCUCCAAACCGUCUACAAGUAAAUCAACGAAACACCGAAUCCCCCGAAAUAUGGAAUAUCCUUUUAAAAUGAGCGUAGCCUCUCAAUGAUCAUAAAUAUCUUUAGAUUCGUAGAGGGAUCCGAUCCGCAGAGUAUUCACUAAUUGAAGGUCUUGGAAAAGUUAUGUUUCUCUUGGAUGUAGUUUUAUUUAACUUCCUUGAAGCCCCCUUUCCGAUAGGUACUCUGUACAUACAAUCUCCUCCUCCUUUACAUUCCUUCUUACUUUCGAAUCCUAAAGCAUCCUAAAACUCCAGAGCCUGCCCGAUCUCUACCAACAACAGAUGCUGUUCCAUCUUUGUUCCAUCUUGUAACAGAUACUAUCUCUUGUAGGUAUCAUUUUGGUUGUUCUUCUCUUGAUAAUAACCUUCACUAAGUUUAUAGUAAUGUUUCCCUAAAUAUAAGAAUAUAAUGUAGUAGUUUAGUAGCUGGCAAAAGUAUUCCCAGAUGAAUGUGGUCCUAUUUCAAAGCAUUUUACAAAUCGUCUUACUAUUUUGCAAAUGGAUAAACAUGGGGACCAUUCGUAGAAAUCUCCCUCUGAUGAUUUGUAAGGGAAAACGUAUGUGUGUGUGCUUCGAGUAUUUUGAAAGUAAAUAGUAUUCAGAAGAAUGUUGCAGAAGAUUCUCCAUCCAACAACCGAGAGGCACUGCCGCAUGCCAGGGUAUUCGUAGGCCCAU